UAUUUUUGUAUCUGACCUGGGAUUCGACAACAAAGUUGACGGUAAAGACAACACUGGAGCUAUGAGACCAAGAUAAGAAUGUGUUGAACCAGAGAACAUGUUAUGUCUCUCACAAGUAGCUCUGUUUUUCCAACUCAGGUCCUCAGCGACUUUGACUCGUCUGGUUGGUUGGCUGAGAUCGUUCUAAUUCGUUCUGUUCUGUGGGAAUUGUUUUGAGCUGGUAGUUCGGUUCAGGAACACCCAGUCCCUACGUGACUUGAGUCCACUUGAGGGACGUCACCGACAGAAGGGUCAGAGGGCGACGGUGAGGUCACCGACCAGAGUGAGAAACUGGAGCAAGAGAGCUUGGCAAUUGGACCCAACAUGGAGGGGUACGGCUACGAACACUUUGGGGUGGAUGGAGAGCGAGACAGCCACCAGAUGGACUACCGGAGGAUCGUAGGGGACACAGAGCUACCCCGUCCCAGCUCCAACCCCUCACCCCAAGACGCGGAGCACCUCUUCCGCCUCAGCCCCCAUGGGCAUGGACAUGGGCAUGAGACGGCCGCACAGCGAUACAGCGCCACCCGCAUCCAAGCUGGCUUUGGCCCUGAGAGCAUGGCUGAUUACCUGAUCAGUGGUGGUACGGGCUAUGUCCCAGAAGACGGACUCUCCGCACAACAGCUUUUCUCCGUUGGAGACGGCCUCACCUACAAAUCUGCUCAACAACAGUCUGUUGUCGCUGAUGGUCAAACGGCAGAAGAGCUAUGCUCUAAAGGCGACGGGUUGACUUACAACGACUUCCUGAUUCUGCCGGGCUUCAUUGAUUUUGCCUCGGACGAUGUGGACCUGACCUCUGCCCUGACCAGGAAGAUCACCCUGAAGACGCCUCUCAUCUCCUCCCCGAUGGACACAGUCACAGAGUCAUCGAUGGCCAUCGCCAUGGCGGUGAGACCUUCUCAUGGAGGCAUCGGCCUCAUCCAUCACAACUGCACCCCUGAAUUCCAAGCCAACGAGGUCCGCAAGGUUAAGAGGUUUGAGCAGGGCUUCAUCACAGACCCUCUUGUAAUGAGCCCCCGUCACACGGUGGCGGACGUGUUCGAGGCCAAGACUCGCCACGGCUUCUCUGGCAUCCCUGUCACCGAGACUGGCAAGAUGGGCAGCAAGCUGGUGGGCAUCAUCACCUCCAGAGACAUCGACUUCCUCUCCGAGAAGGACCACAGCCGACCACUGGAGGAGGCCAUGACUAAGAGGGAGGAGCUAGUGGUGGCCCCAGCCGGUGUCACGCUGAAAGAGGCUAACGACAUUCUACAGCGGAGCAAAAAAGGCAAGCUGCCCAUCGUGAACGACAAUGAUGAGCUGGUGUCCAUCAUCGCCAGGACAGACUUGAAGAAGAACAGGGACUACCCCCUGGCCUCCAAAGACUCUCGCAAACAGCUGCUGUGCGGAGCCGCCAUCGGCACCAGGGACGACGACAAAUACAGACUGGACCUACUGAUGCAGGCCGGGGUCGACGUGGUCGUACUGGAUUCCUCACAAGGCAACUCUGUGUAUCAGGUCAACAUGAUCAACUACAUCAAACAGAAGUACAGCGAGCUGCAGGUGGUGGGAGGGAACGUGGUGACGGCAGCCCAGGCCAAGAACCUGAUUGAUGCAGGAGUGGACGCUCUGAGAGUGGGCAUGGGCUGUGGCUCCAUCUGUAUCACCCAGGAAGUGAUGGCGUGCGGGCGGCCUCAGGGCACCUCGGUGUAUAAGGUGGCAGAGUAUGCUAGACGUUUCGGUGUGCCAGUCAUCGCAGACGGCGGCAUUCAGACCGUGGGCCACGUGGUCAAGGCUCUCUCACUCGGGGCAUCCACAG